AUGCGCAUCGUUGAUCUCACAUCCUCCCAGCGCACUCUUGCAUGCUCGUUUCGCUGGUGGUCCUUCACCCUCAUCGUCACAUCCAUCUACUUGAUUCAGCGGGCUGCCGCCUUCCUUGGAACGCUUGUUUUCGGCAAAUCGGUAGUUAAUCUUGACAGAAGGCUUUUCUAUUUGGUCAUCAGCGCGUUAGCCGGCCUGCAAAUGUCUCGCUACUACUUUAAGCAAUCAAAUGUGAGACAUACUAAUACAUUUGGGCAACUUAUCUUGUACUGGGCGAUCCUACUCAGCCCAAGGACGACCAUAUCUACCUUGGUGGGGAAGCUGUGCAGGACCCCCAUUCAGUCGCGAACUAUGCGAACUUUACUUUACUCCUGGUGGUGCAGGCAUUAUGGGGUUAUUACGUCAGAGAUAUUAGAGCCUCUGGACCAUUAUCUGUCGCUCGACGCCUUCUUCACACGUAAAGUUAAUCUUGGUACACGCAAGAAUUUUCAACUUAAAGAGUCGACACACUCAAGAGACGCAGAAGACUACAAGUUCUCCUUCAAUAGGAAAUGUCUAGUUGGAGCCACUGUUCUGCAAAAAGAAGCACUGUCCGAAGCCACAAUACUCUCGAGCACAGUCUUAUUCUCUCCGGCUGAUAGCGUCUUGACAUCCUAUGGAGUAUUCUCAUUCCCUUAUAUGCAGACACUCACAUGCAAAGGCCUGGUGUACAGCGCAAGUGAUCUCCUAAUUCCCGAUUCAGCUGAUGAUAAGAUGUGUCUAUGUAAGGACACAAUUCUCCACUGGGCCGUAUUUUAUCUCUCUCCGGGAGAUUAUCAUCGCUUUCACGCCCCAUGCAAUCUGCUGGUCACACGGUGCAAACAUGCACAUGGAGACCUGCUGCCGGUGAAUUCUUUGUUCCUUCCUCGAGUGAAGGGGUUACUGGCCGCAAACGAGAGGGUCAUCCUGUCAGGCUCAUAUUGGCUAGAAGAGUACAUAGACCCCCUGUAUUUCGCAUACGUUGCUGUUGGCGCUCUUAAUGUGGGGAGCAUUGAAAUAUCAGGGAAGGCAGGUUAUUUUGAGCACAAUAUGCACACACCAUACGAGUAUAGCGCAGGAGAAGAGGUCGGUCAAUUCCACUUCGGAUCGACCAUUGUGCUGGUCUAUGAGGUACCCGUCACACACAAGGUAAUCUACCUUGCAGAAGAGCAGAAAUCCAUUCGUGUGGGGGAUGAGUUCGUGCUAAUUACCAAACAGCAAGGCUAA